AUGGCCACCUUAGACUUGAACUUGCCGGCGGGAUUGCCUCCUGAUGGCGUGACACCGAAUUUCGAAAAUCCGUCCAACAACAAUGCACUGGCUUGGGGUGUCCUACUCCUCUGCCAGGUGAUAUCUACUAUUUGCCUGGUGCUUCGCGGCUAUGCUCGAGUGUUUCUAUUGAGAAAGUUCAAUGCCGAAGAAGAACAGGGAGCAUUUUGGGGAUGCAGUUAUGCUAUGUUCAAGAUUAUCGAAGUUCCCGGCUUUUUCGUUCACCAAUGGGAUGUGCUUUUACGUGAUGUCAUUCCAAUGAACUACAACGUGUACAUUUACGGGCAAUGCUAUUCCUUCGCGAUGCCGUUCUUGAAGAUAGCAAUUCUCAUCGAGUGGAUCAACAUCUUCGUGCCUAGAGGAUUCGACCGAAAAAGCAUAUUUUUCUGGGGCUGUAGCUUCAUGAUAUUUGUUCAAGCUGCUGCACUCGUCGGAAUUGUACUGGCUUUGAAUCUUCAGUGCAAACCUCAUAGGGCCAUCUGGGAUAUUCGAGUUCAAGGAGACUGUUUUCCGAUUAGCACCAUACAAAUCAGUUCUGGAAUCAUCUUCUUGAUCUCUGAUAUUGUUAUCUUGCUACUGCCACAGCAUAUCAUAUGGAAACUCAAAAUGAAGACGUCCAAGAAAAUCGGUGUAUCGAUUGUUUUCGGCCUUGGUCUGCUUGCGUGCGUAUGUGCCGCUGUUAGAUUGAGUGAUACGAUGAAACUAGUCCACAAUACCAACGACGCAGUCUAUUUCAUCGGCGUUGUGGGCUUCUGGGCAUUCGCUGAGAUGACUUGCGGUUUCUUCAUCUGUUGUCUUCCCUGUAUACCCAAGAUUCUUCACGACACCGGCGUUACGCGUUCUAUCAAGCGAAAGCUGGGUAUGAACACGGCUACUACCGCCCCCAGCUCUGCAAAUAGAUAUGGCACCAAUGGUUCGUCUAGCCGAAGGAACUACGAAGCCAACCAUUCCACGUCGUACUACAAGUUGGAUGAAGAUGGUGUACCUAUGACAGCUAUUGGGGGGACGCAAUCGACAGAAUAUUUACAUAAGGGCCAGAAUGGAAGCGACAUUAGCCGGGACAUGGGCCAACCGACGAACCCCUCCACCACACGAGGUGCUCAUUCUACAAUGGACAUGGACAAAGCUUCUUCAACCAAGGCAUGGCGACCAUGA